AGGCCUGGUUUCGACACGUGUAAUAUAGAUUUAUCCAAAAGAAGAGAAGAUUUUCAAGAGUUUGUGAACAACAGUGUCCUUUCGAAACAACUGCGUGUGCUUUUCAUGCCGAAUAAAGAAAAUUUAGUGCUGAAGGAUGUCGCUGAGAUGUCCUAUGGUUUCUGGGACUAUUUUUUGAAGAAAGGUCGACUCAAUCUAGCUGAAUACAACAAAGUUCACAAGACGUCGAUCAAAGUAAUCCGAGGGCAGAAUAUGAAGCGUAGUGACCUAGAGAAUUUGGGGUUGUUUCUGCGUUACAAGAUCCGUAAACUGUGCUCAGACAUGAAAAAGCCUUGGCCCGAAAUUCUUGUGAGAGGAUCCUACGUGAUCAUAAAAAAUAAAACAACAGACAAAAGGUUCAAAUCUACCAUAUUAGCCAUAACCUUGGGAUGGGAUUAUCAUGACUGGCACGGAGCACCCAUCAAAUCUUUGCUAACUCCGUUUGAGUUGGAAAAAUUCGAGGAUGGUGCAAUCAAAUGGGGUUCUCUCAAAAUGGAGUCAAUUCUGUCAUUUGAUACAGGGACGAAGACCACAACCACUACCGACGAGCCCAAAAAUCUAUCAAGAAAGAGGGAGUCCGGAAUACAGGAAGUACUUACAAUGAAGAAACCGAGAAAUGACGGUCAAGAAGUGGAGUGA